AUGUCCUCCGAAACACACACCCUUUACAAUGUAUAUAUCGGACCACACACCAAUGUCCGAACACUCGUCACCACCUCGGCCUCCAUGGUCGACUCGUGGAUUUCAAAAACGGAGCGGAUACACAAUCGGAGGCUCGACCGUCUCAUCGUCGGCCUCGACGUCGAAUGGCGUCCAUGCUUUAUUCGCCACGUGGUAAAUCCGGUGGCGAUUAUACAGCUGUGCGUGGGCCACCGCUGCCUUAUCUUUCAGCUCCUCCACGCCGACUACAUUCCGAGGUCUCUGUAUGAGUUCCUUGCAAACUCUAAUUAUCGAUUCGUGGGCGUGGGCGUAGGAGAGGAUGCGGAGAAGCUAAAGGCCCACUACCAUCUGUCGGUAGGGAAGACGGUGGAUUUAAGAGACGAGGCGGCGCGUAAGGAGGGGGAUUGGAGUUUGAAGAGUACGGGGCUGAAAGGGUUGGCGAGGAUCGUGCUGGGAAUGGAGAUGGAGAAGCCCAAGCGUAUCACCUUGAGCAGAUGGGAUCGUCGGUAUCUGGAUUAUGCUCAAGUAAACUACGCUUGCGCUGAUGCUUAUUUUUCUUUUCAGAUUGGUAAAACGUUAAUGGCUGCUCAGCCUUAGGAUUUUUUUUUUCGUUUUCUUUUUUGAAACAAUAAAUAAUAUUACUGAAAAUUUGAUUUAAUUAAUGAAUAGUUAAUAAUACGUAUAUGUGGAGAGAGUUCUUUGUUUCCAUAUAAAACGACAUCACUCAAGCUCUUUCAACAACGUUACUUUGUGUCGUUUUUAAAAACUUCUAAUUUAUUAUUAUUUUAUAACUACCUGAUUUGGGGUG